AUGGCGACGUUGCACGCAAAGGUGGAACCAAUACUAGUACUAGCUCUAUUUCUCGUCCUGUUCCAGCCGUGCCUCCAUUUCCUGCACGCAGACGCGGCGGGGCGUCACGGCCACGGCGGCAUGUCUCUUCGUGCCCAGCAAGCGGCCCUUCUCCAUUGGAAGUCCACCCUGGGAAGCUCGCCGGCGCUGGACUCGUGGCAGCGGCAAACCAGCCCGUGCAACUGGACCGGCGUCGCGUGCGACGCCGUGCGCCGUGGCCACCGCACUCCCCUGGCAGUGACCAGUAUCUCCCUGCCUAACGCCGGCAUCCACGGUCGCCUCGGUGAGCUCAACUUCUCGGCACUUCCAUUCCUCUCAAACAUCGACCUCGGCUACAAUAGCCUUCAAGGAGAAAUCCCACCAGCCAUUGCCUCUCUACAUGAGCUCUCCUACCUCGAUCUCGGCCGCAACUGGCUCCAUGGUCAGAUACCAUCGGAGAUGGGCAACAUGGGACACCUUAUCGCGUUGGGACUUGCUUUCAACAACCUCACAGGUUGUAUCCCUGCAUCCCUUGGUAACCUGACAAUGCUUGCCGUUCUUAUCCUCCACCAAAACAUGCUCACUGGGCCAAUCCCGGAGGAGCUUGCGAAGCUCACCGCACUAGAGGCUUUGGACCUAGGCAGCUCCUUGUUAAGCGGCCAAAUACCUGAUAGCCUUGGAAACUUGACAAAACUAAGCAUCCUCUUCCUUUACAGCAACCAGCUAUCAGGACCCAUUCCACCUUCUCUAGUCAACCUCAGGAACUUGCAGGAACUUGAGCUCGAUGACAACCAUUUGAGUGGUGGAAUUCCUAUUUUUUUGGCUAAUCUCACUGAGCUAAGCAAGCUAGUUUUAUAUGAAAACCAGCUAACAGGUCCCAUACCUCCUAGCUUGGGGGACCUUACUAGGCUAAACUACCUUGACCUCUCGCAAAACCAGCUUGCUGGCUCCAUCCCAAGUGAGAUAGGCAAUUUGGUGGAUAUCAAAAUUCUGCGGUUAUCUGUAAAUAUGAUUUCAGGUUCAAUCCCUGCAACUUUCGCGAACCUGACGGUCAUGAGAAAGCUAUCGCUCUUCGAUAAUAUGUUGUCAGGUCCUCUGCCCCGAGAAUUCGCAAAUCUAACACGCUUAGUUGAGCUUACUCUAGUUAACAACUCUCUCUCGGGGGAAUUGCCCUCUGAUGUCUGCAAAGGAGGGAAUCUCAAAGUACUCAAUGUUGGUGUCAACAUGUUCACUGGCCCUAUUCCUAGAAGCCUGAAAACAUGCCGUAGCUUGAAGAGUUUUGGCCUGGCUUCCAACCAGAUAACAGGAGAUAUAUCGAGACAUAUACCGCCUGAAUUAGGUCGCAUGAGAAAUUUGCAGUACCUCGAUAUAUCUAUCAAUAACUUGAGUGGGUUGAUUCCACAAGAGCUUGGGAGUUGCACGAAGCUACUAUCCUUGAAGAUUAACCACAAUAGCUUGAGUGGAGAUUUGCCAAUGACCAUUGGUAAUCUAGAGAGGUUGCAGAUUGUGUUGGAUGUCAGUAGCAACAAACUCACAGGCGGCCUACCUGCGCAGCUCGGGAACUUGGCGAUAUUGGAGUUCUUCAACCUCUCUCACAAUCAAUUCAAUGGGAGCAUUCCAACCUCCUUUGCUAGCAUGGUUAGUUUGUCAACACUUGAUGUGUCAUACAACAACUUGGAAGGGCCUAUUCCAACGGGACGACUACUCCAGAAUGCCUCAAUAGGAUGGUUCCUCCAUAAUAAAGGUCUUUGCGGUAAUCUCUCAGGCCUACCAAUAUGCCCGUCAACUCCAACGACGAACCAUUACAAAGGAAAAAACAGCUUGGUGCUCGCUAUUUCCAUUCCUGUGGGCAUAGUUAUUAUUAUUAUUGCAACUUCUGUUGUAAUUAUGAUUAUUCACAAAAAGAAAAGACCCCAAAAGACAACAGCCACAGAUAGAAAAGAUGUGCUUUCAGUGUGGAAUUUCGACGGGAAACUAGCGUUUGAGGAUAUCACUAGGGCAACAGAAAAUUUUAGUGAUAGAUACAUCAUUGGGUCAGGGGGGUAUGGCACUGUCUAUAAAGCUCAGCUUCAAGGGGGGAGAUUGGUUGCAGUCAAAAAGCUUCAUCCAACUGAAGAAGAUAUGAAUGAUGAAAAGAGAUUCCUUAGUGAAAUCGAAGUAUUAAUGAAGAUCCGGCACCGAAGCAUCGUUAAGCUGUACGGAUUUUGCUCCCAUCCAAUGUAUAAAUUUCUAGUAUACGACUACAUUGAUAGAGGAAACCUUCAUGCAACCUUGGAAAAUGAGGAGCUAGCAAAGGAUCUAGACUGGCAGAAGCGUGCUACCAUCACAAGAGACGUGGCUCAAGCUAUGUACUACUUACACAAUGAAUGCAACCCGCCAAUAAUCCAUCGUGAUAUAACAAGUAACAACAUAUUGCUAGACACAGACUUCAAGGCCUACAUUUCAGAUUUUGGCACAGCAAGGGUGAUAAAACCUGAUUCAUCAAAUUGGAGCGAACUAGCAGGGACAUAUGGUUAUAUAGCCCCAGAGCUUUCGUACACAUCAGUGAUAACGACGAAAUGCGACGUCUAUAGCUUCGGUGUGGUUGUGCUGGAGAUUGUGAUGGGGAGAUACCCCAGGGAGCUGCAAUCCUUUGCUUCCCUGGGGGAGAAUCAUGAGCUUGCCAUAGAGGAUAUGUUGGACCAGCGCCCAUCAUCGCCAACAAUGGUGGAGAAGAAAGAAAUUUCUCAGCUUGUCGAAGUGGCAUUAGCUUGCCUGCAAACUUCUCCUCAGUCAAGACCAGAAAUGCAGGAUGUCUAUCAGAAACUGAUCCGGCGCCGCCCUUCUAAUUCUAUUGCCACACCUUUUCAUGCAUAUGCACUGGAAGAAAUAACCGAUAAAGAAGUGUAA